AUGGAGAUUCGCCUGCAUUCAGUCUCCAAACCCGAUCAGUAUUCCAUAGAAAACUUUUUUGAGCACACUUUUCGCAAGAAGUUCAAAGAAAAAGUGUUGAACGAGUAUUUACCCCAUAUUUUGGAAGAGUACCAAAGGAUAAAGGAUAAUGACAAGGUGAUGAAGCUCUAUGCUAUGAAUCUAUCUAAUGAUGGUCUGGUUGGUAUUAGAACAACUUGGGGUUCGAUCAAUUUUGAUCAUCCAUCAACGUUUGGGACUCUUGCUAUGAAUGAAGAGAAGAAGGAGGCGAUAAUCCAUGGUUUGAAGAGAUUUGUGAGGGGAAAAGAUACUUACAAGAGGGUUAGGAAGGCUCAGAUAGUCCCUAUACCCGUUAAUUUUUAA